CCCCAGGACGCGCGCGGCGAGUCCCCGGGCGGCGCCGGGCAGGCAGGGGGAGGUCGGAGGAGGGGGCACCGCGGCGCUGUGCAAACGGAGCAAAGGACCCAGCCCCCUGGUCCCUGGCGAUCAUGAACAAGAUGAAGAACUUCAAGCGCCGUUUCUCCCUGUCAGUGCCCCGCACCGAGACCAUCGAGGAGUCCUUGGCUGAAUUCACAGAGCAGUUCAACCAGCUCCACAACCGGAGGAACGAGGACCUGCAGCUCGGUCCUCUUGGCAGAGACCCCCCGCUGGAGCCCAGCACCUUCUCCCCAACAGACAGCGGCGAGGAGCCCGGGCAGCCGUCCCCUGGCAUGCAGUACCGGCGACGGCAGAACCAGCGUCGCUUCUCCAUGGAGGACAUCAGCAAGAGGCUCUCUCUGCCCAUGGAUAUCCGCCUGCCCCAGGAAUUCUUGCAGAAGCUACAGCUGGAGAGCCCAGACCUCCCCAAGCCACUCAGCCGCAUGUCCCGCCGCGCCUCCCUGUCAGAUAUCGGCUUUGGGAAACUGGAAACGUACGUGAAACUGGACAAACUGGGGGAGGGCACCUAUGCCACAGUCUUCAAAGGGCGCAGCAAACUGACGGAGAACCUCGUGGCCCUGAAGGAGAUCCGGCUGGAGCACGAGGAGGGGGCACCCUGCACUGCCAUCCGAGAGGUGUCUCUCCUGAAGAACUUGAAGCACGCCAAUAUCGUGACCCUGCACGACCUCAUCCAUACAGAUCGGUCCCUCACCCUGGUGUUUGAGUACCUGGACAGUGACCUGAAGCAGUACCUGGACCACUGUGGAAACCUCAUGAGCAUGCACAAUGUCAAGAUUUUCAUGUUCCAGCUGCUCCGGGGCCUCGCCUACUGCCACCGCCGCAAGAUCCUGCACCGGGACCUGAAACCCCAGAACCUGCUCAUCAAUGAGCGGGGGGAGCUGAAGCUGGCCGACUUUGGACUGGCCCGGGCCAAGUCAGUGCCCACAAAGACCUACUCCAAUGAGGUGGUGACCCUGUGGUACAGGCCCCCCGACGUGCUGCUGGGAUCCACUGAGUACUCCACCCCCAUUGACAUGUGGGGCGUGGGCUGCAUCCACUACGAGAUGGCCACGGGGAGGCCCCUGUUCCCCGGCUCCACGGUCAAGGAGGAGCUGCACCUCAUCUUCCGCCUCCUCGGGACCCCUACAGAAGAGACGUGGCCCGGCGUGACAGCCCUGUCUGAGUUCCGGACCUACAACUUCCCCCGCUACCUCCCGCAGCCGCUCAUCAGCCACGCCCCCAGGUUGGAUACUGAUGGCAUCAGCCUCCUGACCGGCCUCCUCCUGUAUGAAUCCAAGAGUCGUGUAUCGGCGGAGGCUGCCCUGAAUCACCCCUACUUCCGGUCUUUGGGAGAGCGUGUGCACCAGCUCGAAGACACUGCCUCCAUCUUCUCCCUGAAGGAGAUCCAGCUCCAGAAGGACCCAGGCUACCGCGGCUUGGCCUUCCAGCAGCCAGGACGAGGGAAGAACCGGCGGCAGAGCAUCUUCUGAGCGGGGCCCACCCUGCUGCAGCCUGAGGGACAAGGGGUCACAUCAAGCACAAAUUUGGGUAGGAUGGGGCCUGUGUGGCCCUCGGAGGACUGAGGCACCAGAGCUAACUGCUAGCCCGGAAGACUGCUGGGCAGCCCUGCUGGCCACAGAUGUUUCUUCUCUCUGCUUCCCACAUGCCUCCCCGCGGCCUGCACCUGGACUCCGACCCCUCCGUCACUGGGCUGGGCACGAGCCAUUCCCUGGGAGAAGGUGAGGGGGCAGGGAGGGACCUUGGACUCUCGUCCACCCCGAAGUGCCCAGGCACCAGCGCAGGACGCACACGGACAGGGAAAUCCAGGUGGCAGGCUGGGCGCCAUGCCCUGAAUCAGGCUCCACCACGCUUCCCCCCAGGGCCUGCCUGCCUCGCUAGUCUGGCAGACCCUCCCCCUUUGGCCCCUUGGAGCCCGCACUUCCCCUUUGAGAGCAGGGAGGGACGUGGCACUUUGUCUGGGAUCCCCUAAUCCUAAUGCCCACCUGUGUGACAAAGCGCACCCCCACCUGAGGGGCAGGUGUCCCCAGAGCAAAGAAGGAAUAGCAGCCCGCCUCCUCUUUCCGUCAGCCCUAGCCUGCUCUGUCCCCUCCACGCCAGAGGCCCUGUGCGCCGUCUGGCUCGAGCGGAGGCUGAGCGGCGCUGGCAUGCUGCAGAUGCCCAGCUGUGUCUCAGCCAGCCCCAGCCCGUGUCCCCAGUCUGGAUGGAGUUGCCUUAAAUUGGCAGGUGGUAGAGCGCUCACUGCCCUUGGAGCUCUGACCCAGCACCUGCCUGUCCACCCCUCCUGAGAGUGGCUCCUGCUUAUCUAAUCAUCCCUGAGCGCUGAUUAGCCAGCCCUGGGGCAGGGUCCUAGGGACAGCUCUGGAUACGACAUGCGGGUCACCGUGACGCUGGUGCCAGGGCAACCUCAGCUCCCUGGGGCAGGCACAGCCUCCCCUGUCCCCUCCUUCCCAGCCCUUUGGGUCUGUUCACCUGAUCCUGGUACCAGCCUGCCCCUGCCCCUCCUCCCCAGAGGUUGGUCACUACAGGGAAGGGUGUAAACACCGCAGUCUGAGGUAGAGGAAGGUGAGACAGCAGCAGGCUUUGUUCCUGAGAGCCCCACCCCCAGAGCUGGGAGCCUGAGGGACCCGUGAAGAAGGCUCCCCUCUGUGUUCCCAAGGUCUCCUGCACACUUGGUGACCUCGAAUGGCCAAGGCCAAGGGGAGGCCAGGCCCAGCCCAACUCCUCAGCCUGGGGAGUGGCCCCGAAGAGCCUGGGGCUCCCCCAGCCCUUCCCUCCUCCCCCCUAUACUGUGAAUGUCCUGUGACUCAGCGCGAAGACAGAUAAUAUAUUUAAUUCAUGUUGUACAGAAAGGACUGAGCAGUCUCAUGCAGAAAAGCUGAUUUUGACAGAUUGAUGCCAAAGAUGGAGAACGAAGGCCCCACUCCAGGCCUAAUGAGCGUGGCGGGGCUGCUUAUAU